AUGUUGUACUCAUCGGCGAUAGUGCUGUUGGCUGGGUUGGCCGCGGCACAAGUGGCCGAAUACGGCCAGUGUGGUGGAAAAGGCUGGACCGGCGCCACUACGUGCCAGUCUCCAUACACAUGUCAAUACCAAAAUGACUGGUACAGUCAGUGCUUGCCAGGCACCGGCUCGGGCAGCACCACGACGACCACAACCACCCAGUUGACCACGACAACAACUUCGGUCAAGUCAACCACUACUGCGCCACCCAAGACCACAACUACCACCUCAGGGCCAGUGUCCACCUCUACCGUCUUCCCCCACACCAAUGGUCUGAACUUCACCAUUGACGGCGAGACCAGCUACUUUGCUGGAACCAACUCGUACUGGAUCGGUUUCCUGACCAACAAUGCCGAUGUCGAUUUGGUAAUGCAACAUUUGAGCUCUUCGGGCUUGCGUAUCCUGCGCGUCUGGGGUUUCAAUGACGUGAACAACCUUCCAGGUACCGGGACCGUCUGGUUCCAGCACCUGACCAGCAGCGGCGCCACGAUCAACACCGGUGCCGAUGGCCUUCAACGUUUGGACUAUGUCGUCUCGUCCGCUGAAAAGCACGGCAUCAAGUUGAUUAUCAACUUUGUCAACAACUGGUCCGACUAUGGUGGCAUCAAUGCUUAUGUCAAUGCCUUUGGCGGCAGCGCCACCACGUGGUAUACAAACACCGUUGCCCAGACCACCUAUCAGGCUUACAUCAAGGCGGUGGUCUCGCGCUAUAUUUCUUCGCCAGCAAUCUUUGCCUGGGAGCUGGCCAAUGAACCUCGCUGCAAGGGCUGCGACACUUCUGUCAUCUACGAUUGGGCCAAGGCGACCAGUGCAUAUAUCAAAGGUCUGGACCCGAAACACAUGGUGACUCUGGGUGACGAGGGCUUCGGUCUUACCACCGAUAGCGACGGCAGCUAUCCUUUCUCGUUUGACGAAGGUUUAGAUUUCUCAAAGAACCUGGCGAUUCCCACAAUCGACUUCGGUACUCUUCAUCUAUACCCAUCUAGCUGGGGCACAUCCACCGACUGGGGAAACCUCUGGAUUAAAGCCCACGGCGAUGCCUGCGUCGCAGCCGGCAAGCCCUGUCUCCUCGAGGAAUACGGCUACCCCUCCAACCACUGCAGCAUCGAAGCACCCUGGCAGGCGACCGCACUCCACACAAAGGGUAUCGCGGGUGACUUGUUCUGGCAGUAUGGGGACACCUUAAGCAGUGGUCAGACCUCUGACGACGGGAACACCAUCUACUAUGGAACGAGUGACUUUACAUGUCUGGUAACGGAUCAUGUUGCCGCUAUCUAG